UAAAUUCGUGGGUUUAUUACAAAAGUGCUUAUUAAAAGUGUGCAAAAGUGAUGGCAACCAACGAGGAGCAGCGAGAAGCUCUGACGGCAGAGUUAAAAGCCAAAGCAAUUUGUCGCUUUUGUCUUUCUCAAACGACCGACGAUCUCACUAACAUAUAUGCAAAGAAUAGUCCGGUUAAAUCUUUAUUCCCGCUGCCGGUGGAAAUAAUGGCUGUGGCCUCUAUAGAGGUAUUUCUAAAUGAUGGGAUGCCUUCAUCGGUAUGUUUGAAAUGCCGUUUGACAUUUGAUUAUUGCUAUCGCUUCAAACAAAUGUGUAAGAAGGCCGAAAAUUUAUUAACCCAAGUUCCACUUCUUGGAGAAUGGCCUGCCCCCUUAAUAAAACCAAUUAUACCGAAGGAACUUUUACCAAAACCAAUCACUCCGCACAAAGAGGAUGGACCGAUAGUACAAGAAGUGUAUAUUUUGCCUUCAGCUAGUAAAGAACAGCUGUCGCCAUUGAAAUACGGUGCUAAUGUAGGCGGAUCAAAGGCAGCUAGUGUUAAAACAUACACUUCAAUGUCAACGCCUAGAAAAAUACUUAACUCCAAUCCUGCCGAUUUGCCGGAGCCGCCCAUGCCAAUGCGUUUUAAAAAAGAGAAUCGCGAUGAAGCUUUUUGUUUCCUAACAAAAGUAGAAAAUAACGAAGAAAUUUCUUUAGACGAUGUGCAACGUUUAAUUGCUUCUGAAGAACUUGAAUUCACCACAAACGAUGUGGCAUUCAAAGAAAUCACUCUAACUACUCCAGAUACUUCAACUGUGAAAGAACAAAAAAAUAAACCAAAAGUUUUAAACAAAUCUUCCAUACGCAUAUUGAAUAAGGAAGCUGAUAUAGAACUGGAGCCACGACUUAAACACCCACAGCUGAAGAAAGACAAUUAUGGCAAUGUUUCUAUUGUUACUGAAAUACUCGAUCCAAAUGAGCCCUAUGAACCUGAACCAGAUCCCAUAAAAAAUGCAGCUCCCGUUCAAACAAAUGUUUUCCCAUGCCCUCACUGUGAGCGCACAUUUCCCUUGUUGCAGCUACGUGACAUCCAUGUCGUGAACCACACACGUGAACGUCAUUUUCCAUGUACAGAUUGCAACCGUUCGUUCUUUUCCAAAUAUGACCUUCAAAAGCAUGCCCCAAUACAUACGGGCGAACGCAAGUACAAGUGUACAGUUUGUUAUCGAGGUUUCACUAGACCUGCACUAUUGCAUAGACAUGAAAAAAUACAUACCGACAUACCCAAAUUUCUUUGUGUAUUUUGCGAGAAGACAUUCUUGUCCAAGGAUGAUAUGGAAAAGCACACUGAGCGCCAUCGUAAGAACAGACCAUUCAAGUGCAAAAUUUGCUCUAAAGCAUUCGCUUUUAAGCAAGGUUUAGAACGUCACGAGGUAGUGCAUUCCACCGAACAGCCACAUCACUGUCAAUACUGUGAUAAAAGUUUCUGCACACCUUCUAAAUUAGCUCGUCACCUGGUAGCACAUGCAGGAGAGCGACCGUUUCCGUGCAAAUUUUGUUCAAAAUCAUAUUUGCUAUCGCAUCACUUGUCGCGCCACAUGCGUACUCAUAAUGAAAGCGUUGUUAUGUAUUCAUGCAACGAAUGUCAAGAGCAAUUCAAGACAUGCAACGAACUCGUUUUGCAUUGUACUGUACAUGCAACUAUAACACUAACUUGCCCCCUAUGCCAACAAUGCUUCGAAGAUGUUGCAUCAGUAACAGCCCAUAUUAAAGAACAUACUAAUAAUGACGCGUUCGCUUGUGAAUUCUGCGAUUUAAUCUUCCUUACUUAUAAUGAAAAAAAAUAUCAUGUAGAAACAGCUCACCCCUCAGAACUAGCAGCUUACGCCGAAGAUGAAAGGAAAAACCAACGCGAGAUGAAAAAGGGAAGUGAUGAAGAGUUAGAUGAAGCGAUGGGGGGGUUUAUUUAUGAUAAUAUGCCCACAGGCAAUGAAUUCCCUACUACAACCAACGCUGGUGAAGUUGCAGCCGAUGUUAGCCAACAAACCGUUGAAGUAACUAAAACAGAGAUUGCCGAAGAAGAAUCACAUUACGACGUGGAAUACCUUAAAUUAGAGGAACUUGAUAAUGCGAUCGAUACGGAGAUACUUAACCAAAUGCUCGAAGACCAUGAACCAGUUAGUAAGAAAAUUAAAGUUAAUGACGAAAUUAAUGUAGCAAACGAAGUUGUAAACAAAGAUGUAACAAUGAAACGCGAACUACCAAGCGGCAAUGUAGAAAAUAUAGCAGAAAACACUCGAAAGUCACCUAGAAAUGUCGGUGCGAAUCGAAGCUCAGCAAAUAUUGGUGUAUCUACCACAAAUCAAGUGAAAGUAGCGCAGAAAAACGACAAUGUCGAAGGUAGUAUUGCUUCCACCAGCAAAGGUUCAAAAACUGCACACCAAAGGAAGACCACAAUAAGGAGAGGAAGCACAUCGACUGCUAUUGUAUCGGCAACACCAGAUACAGACAAAUUGAUCGCAGGGACCGAGACCGAGCAUUCGGGUAAUAAGGUUGUCAAAAUGAAAUUUAAUGAGAAAAGGAUGAGAGUACAGAAAAUUGUUGUCACAAAAGCAGAAGCCGCAGCUAUGGCUAAGCAAGGACGUUUACGCAUCAAGGACGGAAAUUUGAUCCUUACACAAAAAUCAUCAAAAUAAAUUAAUGAACCAUCUUUAUAUACAUUCAUAUGUACUAUCUGAAUUAAUAUUUUGGUUAUAUGUUGCGAAAUUAAAUAUAAGAAUACUUACAAUACUAUUACAACUUUGUUGCCAACUUGCUGGUGCACAACUGGAAAUCUGCUGAAAUGCUGAUGUAGGCAGAAUCGUUUACUUGCAGAACUUAUGCUCCUUCAUAAAAAGUAACCGUUUUUGCUCAAAUACUCUAGGGACGCCCAAAUUUCUGCGUAGAUCGUGAUCUUUCAUAAAAAGUAACACGGUCUCAUUUGAGGCCUGAGGGCCACAGUAGUCUAAUAACAUUUCAAAACAAGUUGAGGUGCAUCUUGAUAUGGAUUACUAGAAUUGGCACGGUAAUUGCUCCAGCCACGCCUUUUUAGUUAUCUUUUACUUUUAUAUGUAGCAUCACGUAGGAGCAAUGAACUUUUUAGUAAAAACCCGAAUUUACCUUUAAUACAUUCUUCUUUCUCCUGUUAUUUAAAUUUUUUUUGUAGAUAUGCCCGCCGAAACAACGACUCCCCCUCCACCCCGUGGAUUUACCGGUAGAUAGAACCGCCCGUCGUGAAAGUGUCAUAUGUAUGUGCUCUAGAAGAUGUGGAAGACAUAAAUUCCAGUUUACAAAUUUUUUAUUGCACAGGUGUCUCAUACAAGAGUAUAUUGCUGAAUGCAUCUUAAGUCUGAUUUUUCAUGAAAUCUAUACAAAAGCUACCU